AUGAAGAAGUAUGUGACCAAGGAGAAAGAGAAAAGCCUCACGGUCGAUGCAGGCUGGUACACCGAGCAGGAGAUGAAGGACAAACUGGGGUAUGAUGCGAAGACAAUCAAGAAGAUCGUGGACUACACUGCCAAGAAUUUGAGCGUGCUGCAGCGGAAAUGGAAGUACGAUGAGACGAUUAUCCAACACUGGGUGGAAACCAGUUGGUCGGGUCAGCUUGUGCACAAAGACAAUGAGAAGUCCGUCCAUGAAGAAGAACAGGAAGCCAAGGACACCCCGAACCCCAGCCUGAGCUUCGAGAACGGUGGCAACCAAACAAAUCCGGGUAGCGCCGCCGCUGGUGCCAAUGAAGGAGAUGAUCCAAGAGCGGCCCUGGAAAGGGCAUGGUCGGAGAUGUUGAGCAAGACCAACAAGCUUCGUGACAAUGUCAACUUAUUGCAGAACUGUGACAUGAGUGAUGUUCAGAAAAGGCAUGCUGAUUCUAUGCUGAAGCACGCGGAUGCUAUGGAGCAGCACUACGAUAAGAUGUCAAUGCUCAAGGCCACCGCCAACAUCCGUCUUUCGGAAAAGCUGAAGGAUGAGAUCAUGAUUGCCCUCGAUGCGGUGGCCCCUUCCUUGGCAGAGGCCAAAAAGAGUGGCCCGAAGGCCACUAAUGAGCCGAAUACCAAGCCUGCCCCUGUUCCUGCUGGGCCUGUUCCUGGGUCGGGGCCUGGACCGGGGUCAAUUUGGGAGGAUGGGCCAGGAAGCUGCGAGGCAGCUCGUCAGAGGCCUCUGGGACCCCCGAACUCCGGCGACCUCCUGAAGUUUGCUAGCAGCAACAUGGCUGAUCAUGGCCAACAGGCUGUACCUGCUGUGCAUUGGAAGUAUCACAAGUACUUUGAUGCCGAGAUCCGUGCCCUACCCCGGCUAUGUGAACUGUGGCAUCAACUCUUAGCGAACAAGCAGAUCUUCAAGAUUGCACUUCCUGAUACAUCCUUCCCCAAGUCGCCGGGCGCAGUCUUUCGGGCUGCAGAGCAGAUGAUGGAUGUCGUUCUCACUGGUACUUCCGUGGCGGCUUACAAAAUCGGUUUCACCCAUGCCACUGGCAAGACCGUCUCUGCCUUCGCUCGUGCAAGCUGCUCUAGAGAGCGUGGCCAAGAUGCAGUACUGGAUAGUCUGGCGAAGACAUCAGAGAACAGAUUGGAGGACAAGAGCCACGAAGUGUUCAAGCACUAUGGGCUGGCCCUCGACAUCCCCAUAUCCUACGUGGACGUUGGUGAUGCGAAGAAGAAUAUGCCGUGGAUCAAGCCGUUCUGGGCAAGGUUUGCCGUUCUGGAACCUGGGAAUACAAUCAAUGAUUGUUUCGACUCCGGACUCUGCGUGCCAGAGCGAACAAUCCCACUGCUACUUCACGGCGACGAGGCUCGGAGCAAGAAACACCUACCGAUGAUGGUCGCCAACACACAUGCAAUGAUCGGCUAUGGAUGCAAGGCUUACAAGAACUGGUUCGCCGAGGCUCCUCUCUCGAAAAAGCAAGCUGGUGGUGUGAAUCUUGAAGGCGCCGUUCAGAAGACUCGCUUUUUGCACUUCGUCAUGCAGAAAAAAGACUACGGCGAGGACGCCCAGCACCUGGACAAAAUGUUCGACGCCUUGGCUAUCGACUUGGCGAAGCUGCAGACGGAGGGCAUCAAGGUGAACGGCGAGAGGUGGCACCUUGUCGUGAUAGCGGCUGUCGGAGAUUGGCAAUUCUUUGCCAAAGUGGGACACCUCAAUCGAUGCUACACUCACGUGUCCAAGCGAUCUGGCCAGAAAACACUUAAUGGGAUUUGCCACCUGUGCCUUGCAGGCACGCAUGGCUGCCCUACCUGGGAAGACUUCGUGGAUUCGCCGACUUGGAGACCGACUUGCGGCACACUGGAGCCGUGGGAGCAGACGCCGUCGCUGAUUCGCCGACUUCAUGUCAACGUUGCGAACAGGGUGUCCUUCUUCCAACCUGAUUUCUGGCACUGCUUGCACCUGGGCGCAGGCAAGAAUCUGGUUGCCAGUGCUGUUGCUGAAUGGCUCCGUGUGGUGCCCGGUGCCAACAUUGGCGAGCGCUUCUGCUUCAUAGAUGAUGCUGCACAGGCAUGGCUCCGCAGUCGCAGCGAUAAGUUGUAUUGCAAAUGCAUCUCUGCUGUGACAAUGGGCAUCGACAGUUUGCAGAAAGUGCCAACCGCUGGAUGGCAGAAGGCCAGCGACACCACGCUGCUCUUGGAGUUCCUUGAACACUUUUGCAGUGUGAACGCAGGCCUUGCAAAUGCUGAUCCGAUCCUGCGCUGGACGUGGGUGGCUGCCUCGAACAUCAACCUCGCCGUGCGUAUGUUGUAUCGGGGCGGUCUCUGGCUGGAUCAGAGCACGGCACACACGGUGGCCCGCUGCGGACUUAAUUUCUUGAAAUCUUACGGGCACCUUGUGGCGAUGACGUUGGCGGCGGACAGGGACAGGUUCCCUGUAACACCCAAAUUGCAUAUUUUGCACCACUUGUUUUUGCACUUGCAAGAAAAUGCUUCAAGAUGCUCCUGGACACUAUCCUUUCUUGGCUAUUCAGUGCAACAAGAUGAAACUUUUGUUGGCAUACAGGGCAGAGCGAGCAGAAGAGUUGGACCCCAGCAUGCCGCUCUCCGUGUUCUGCAACGCUAUCUGGUGGACGCAGCAGAGCACUUGACGCCGGAGUUCCGCUUGGCCGCCAAAAAAUUCGAAGGGGCCGAGGGCCCAGAGCAAACCCGAAGCCUGAAACGCCUUCGAACCCACCACUGGUAG